AUGACCUGUUAUUGGGCAGAUGCCGAGGUUGUGGUUGCCAUCUAUUUCCUCUCUCGCGGCUUCAGUGAAGCAGCGGUGGCUGAACUUCUUUCUCGUCGAGGAUUUUGGCGUAGUGCGCGUGCAGUACACCACAAGGUGCUUGAUAUUCUUACAAAAUUUCCGUGUCUUCAGAAAGCACCGCGAUUCUGGGACAUUGAUGCAGUAGAUCAAUGGCUGGAUUGCCAGAGUUUAGACCACCAGACCAUCAACAACUUGAUUUACUGUUCCAAUGAUGAUACGAAGGUCGCUGAACAGGUACGUAUGUUUCUUUUGUACAAUGUG